CAGAACUAUAGCAUGGUGUAUGAAUUCAUCAUCGUUGGCUUCUCCAACUUCCCACAGCAUCUCCUGCCUGCAUUCUUCCUGCUGUUCCUGCUCAUGUACCUAUUCACGUUGCUGGGGAACCUGCUCAUCAUGGCCACUGUCAGGAGUGAGCACAGCCUGCACACGCCCAUGUACCUCUUCCUGUGUGCACUGUCCAUCUCCGAGAUCCUCUACACCUUGGCCAUUACCCCACGCCUGCUGGCCGACCUGCUCUCCACCCGCCGCACCAUCACCUUUGUGGCCUGUGCCAGCCAGAUGUUCUUCUCCUUUACAUUUGGCUUCACCCACUCCUUCCUGCUCACCGUCAUGGGCUAUGACCGUUACGUGGCCAUCAGCCACCCCCUGUGGUAUAACGUGCUCAUGAGCACUCGCACCUGUGCUCAUCUGGUGUCCUUGUCCUGGGCUGGUGGCUCAGUCAUGGGGAUGAUGGUGACUCUGAUAGUUUUCCACCUCACCUUCUGUGGGUCUAAUGAGAUCCAUCAUUAUGGCUGCCAUGCCCUUUCCCUCCUAAAGUUGGCCUGUGGGAAGGAGACAUCCUCUGUCACCUUGGGUGUGAUCCUGGUGUGUGUUACAGUUUUGAUGGGAUGUUUAUUUCUCAUCAUCCUCUCCUAUGUCUUCAUUGUUGUGGGGGUCUCUCAGACUGCCCCCCAACUCUCCGCCAUCACAGACAAUGCUGCAAUGAAUGGCCUUGACCACGUCCCUUCACUGAGCUCUGUGGGAGUUUCAGAUGGAGACCUAGGAGCAGUGAUUUUGGGACUUCAGGAACUUCUUUUCUGUUCUUAG